ACAAGUCCAGACAGGGGGCACUCAUUACCCGGCAGGCACUUUACCCGUAUUUUAAAGCAAGAUGGCAGCUGUUGUUGAGAAUGUUGUCAAACUAUUGGGAGAGCAAUACUACAGAGAUGCCUUGGAGCAGUGUCACAGCUACAACGCCAGGCUGUGCGCUGAGAGGAGCGUUCGGAUGCCGUUCCUGGACUCUCAGACCGGUGUGGCUCAGAGCAACUGCUACAUCUGGAUGGAGAAGAGACACCGGGGCCCUGGCAUGGCUCCAGGUCAGCUCUACACGUACCCAGCCAGGAGGUGGAGGAAGAAACGGAGAUCUCAUCCCCCAGAAGACCCGCGCCUCAUCUUCCCUCCUGUUAAGUCAGAAAUAGAUUUGGGGCUGAAGAAGGACGUCCUGCUGUCGUCGGAUGGCAGCAGCUUGGAGGCCUUGCUGAAGGGGGAACCUCUGGACAAACGGACCCCGGCGGACAUCCGGGGGUCAGAGGAAGACUCCAAUCAGAGCGACUACACUGGCAGCCUGAACCCCGCCACCCGGAUCAGAAAGAGAAUCCUCGAGCCAGACGACUUCCUGGAUGACCUGGAUGACGAAGACUACGAGGAAGACACGCCUAAAAGAAGAGGCAAAGGGAAAGGGAAGGGUCGAGGAGUGGGUAGCGGCAGGAAGAAGCUGGACACGGCAGCGUUGGAGGACAGGGACAAGCCCUACGCCUGUGACAACACUAUCAAACAAAAGCACAUUUCAAAACCUUCUGAAAGAGUCUGUGGGAAGCGCUACAAGAACCGCCCAGGCCUGAGCUACCACUACGCCCACUCCCACCUGGCCGAGGAGGAGGGCGAGGAGAWGGAYGACCUGGAGAUGAACGAGCCGACCCUCCCGCUGCCCGAGGAGCCAAAAACAGCUCCCAAAAAAGGCCCUGACGGUCUUGCGUUGCCUAACAAUUACUGCGAUUUCUGCUUGGGAGACUCCAAAACCAAUCACAAGACGGGCCAAUCAGAGGAGCUGGUGUCCUGCUCGGACUGUGGACGCUCCGGCCACCCCUCCUGCCUGCAGUUUACUCCUGUAAUGAUGGCUGCUGUGAAGACGUAUCGCUGGCAGUGCAUAGAGUGCAAAUGCUGCAACAUGUGCGGUACCUCUGAAAAUGAUGAUCAGCUUCUCUUCUGUGAUGACUGCGAUCGAGGCUAUCACAUGUACUGUCUCAACCCGCCGAUGUCUGAACCUCCAGAAGGGAGCUGGAGCUGCCAUUUAUGUCUGGACCUUCUGAAGGACAAGGCGUCCAUUUACCAGAAUCAGAACGCUCCCACGUCGUGAUGGCCGCUCCGGCCCGCCCUCCACCGUCACCCAACCGUCCUGCAGCAUUACGGUGAACCCCUCAAGGUACACAAUGACCUCCUCCCUCCCCUUAACCGGGCGUCGGCGUCGGGGGUGGAGUGUAUUCUGGAAACGGGAGGAACGCCUGAUCAGACUGGCCUCAGUUAGCACCAGAUUAUGACUGUUACACAGUUCCGGCCUUAGAUCCAGUCUAACGGGUUUUUAUUUUCAUCCACUCGCCACAUUUAGCCAGUUUGGCAUCGUUUGUUUCAGAGACGCGUCAUAAAUGGCCAAACUUCCACUUUGCGUUCAGCUUUUAUACCUAAAGUUGCUAAAGCUUCGUCUCUGUCCUGUAAUGUACUGAUUUUAUGGAGUUUAAAAAGCUUGAUCAUAGUGAAAGACAAAUACAUUUUAUAAUAUUUA